AUGGCGAAGCAGUCGUGCUGCCACAAGAAGAAGCUGAGGAGAGGGCUCUGGUCCCCCGAGGAGGACGAGAAGCUCAUGAACCACAUUGCCCAGUACGGCCACGGCUGCUGGAGCUCCGUGCCCAAGCUUGCAGGCCUCGACAGGUGUGGCAAGAGCUGCAGGCUGAGGUGGAUAAACUACCUGAGGCCAGACCUCAAGAGGGGAACAUUCUCACAAGAGGAGGAGGACCUCAUCAUACACCUCCACUCCUUGCUGGGAAACAAGUGGUCUCAGAUUGCGGCGCAGCUGCCUGGCCGGACGGACAACGAGGUCAAGAACUUCUGGAACUCGUACAUCAAGAAGAGGCUCAGGGAGCGCGGCAUCGACCCCGCUACCCACCAACCGCUCACCGAGCCUGCCGCGUCGGCGGCGACUGCCACCACCACCGUCAGCCGCGGCGCGGUGUUCGGGGACGUCGAUCUCAUCCCGACUACUACACCAAUCCAGGCGGCGCCGUUCGAGGGGCCAUCAAUGCUGGACGGCGUGACGAAGCUCCCGGUGGAGUUGGACUGGCCCAUCGCCGGCGACGGGGUGCCGUCUUCGUCGCUGUCAAGGCCGUGCUACUUUCAGGGGGCCUGCUUCGACAUGGACGCGCUGCAGCAGCAGCACUGCGGCUCCAUCCCGCCGGCGCCGGUCGUCCCGUCGGCCUCCAGUUCCAGCGCGCUGACCUCAAUGGCAGAGGCCGAACACUGCAACACCAACAUCACCGGCGGCAGCCUCCCAUGGAUGGAGCUCGGGGCAAGCGCGGUGGCUGAUGCCGGCCACGUCGACAGCUGCUACGCCGGCGCGCUGGACGAGCUCAGGUGGUCGGAGUACUUCGACAGUGCCUUCCAGGCCGCCGCGAGUCAGCAAGGCGCCCUGCAGGCGGCGGGGCAGUGUGUCUACGGCGGCAAGGAUGACGUCCCGGUGCACUUCGACGUCCACGGGCUAAGCAACUGGUGCUAA